AUGGCGUACUUCGCGCCUGAGAGUGGUCAAGGCAGUCUGAACAUCAGCCUAGAGACGUCUGACAACGGAGAAACGGUAGAGGCAGUGAGCGCAUCGGAUCGUGUUGGAGUGUCAGCAUCGAUCACAUUCAACACUACUGCUAGACUGACGCAACCUAUCCUUGGUAGUAUACGGGCUAUUCGCGACCAGACCGAAGGCUCAGGCGUUAGUCAAGACUUCCAGAAUAAUUUCGGUUUCGCGAUCAACGACGACGGGAGCGCCUCCAUCAAUCGUACCUGGUUUGACGGUGUGACUACUAUGACGCUGAAGUUUUCACCGCUGAAUGGCGCUCAAGCCAUUAGGUUGAAUCGCGAGGCGAAUUGGACUUUGACAUUCGGCGAAGGUAGCUACCGCUUCGAAGCCUCUUACAACUAUGCGCAACUGGAGCAGCUCAGUCCUCAAGAAGUUCUCAACGACGCGUCUUCCGGCUUGAUUGCAGAGAACCCGGACCAAACCACCUCUUUGUCAUUCCUAUCAUACUCGAACAAGCUGCUGGCUGGCACAUGGCGCUUCCUCACCUACUUCGGUCGAGACAGUAUGCUCUCGCUGCUGUUGAUGCAGCCCGUUCUCAGCGAAGCGGCCAUCGAAGCCGUCAUCGGAGCUGUCCUCGAGCGAGUCAAUCGCACUGAUGGUACUGUGUGUCACGAGGAGGUCCUCGGCGACUAUGCGACAUGGCUGAACAGGAAGAAGGGAAUUAAAUCCAGCGCACCUGGCUGUGACUACAAGAUGAUCGACACGGACUUCAUGCUUCCUAUUUCCAUGAACAGCUACUUCGUAGAUACGGAUGCUGGAAAGAAUCGUUCGGAUGCUUUCUUCACCAAGACCGCAACAUUCCUAGUCGAAAACGACGGACUGGCGUAUUCUGAGCUGGCCCAGUUCACCGCUGAAAAGAUCAUGCGGAUUGCUGCACCAUUUGCGCAGAUUCAAGUAAAGGAGAACCUCAUCCACCUCAAGGAAGGCGAGAUAGUCGGCGAGUGGCGGGACUCUAGUAAUGGCCUCGGAGGAGGUCGCAUCCCGUAUAACGUCAAUACUGCGCUUGUACCUGCCGGACUCCGGGCAAUCGCAAGUUUGAGCCGCGCGGGCUUCUUCUCCGACCACCCAGCCUGGUGCGAAGAGGCCGAUGAGUACGCCCAGAUUUGGGAGGACGAGACAUUACGCUUCUUCGAAGUCACCGUCCCACAGGCCGACGCCAAAUCUCUUAUUGUGGACUACGUCUCGAACGCCAACCUUACUCUUCAAACAAAUGUCGACAAGAUCACAAGUAAUGUCACAUACUAUGGCGUCGCUCUUGACGGCGAAGUCGGUGCACCCAUUGUGCCUGUCGUCAAUAGCGAUGACUGCUUCCGCCACUUCCUCCUCGACACCACGAACCAAACCCAGUUGACGGCAUACAUCAGCCAGACCGCCGAUCACAUCCUCCAACCUUUCCCGGUUGGCCUAUCGAGCGACAUUGGACUAUUCGUUGCGAACCCUGCGUACGCUGGAAAUGCGACAUUCGAAGCAGGUUUCUCAACGGACGACUACCACGGCACUGUAGUAUGGAGCUGGCAGCUUGCCAUGAUGGGCGCUGGGCUUGCGCGACAACUUGGUCGAUGUGACAAGGAGGGUGCGCCCGUCUAUGACAAGGUCCUCUCUGCGUACAAUAGCCUUUGGGAUACCAUUGACGCCAACCGCGAGCAGCUAAGCCAUGAGGUAUGGAGUUGGAAAUACGAUAACGGUUAUCAGAUCGAGCAGCUGGGCUCGUUGACCGCGACUGAGAGCAACAUUCGCCAGCUAUGGAGUUUGACUUUCUUGGCAGUCAAGAGGGAGAGUUUUGGGAGCGCGUAG